GGGCCUGCCUGUCAUAGGUAAUGUCACAGAAAUGCCGUCGUCGCACGAAUGGUUCAAGUUUGCAGAGUGGGCAGACCAAUACGGCGAUAUAAUAUAUUUAAACAUUUUAGGUCAGCCUAUGGUCGUCCUCAACUCUACCAAGCACGCGAUCGAGCUCCUUGACAAACGCAGCAACAUCUACUCCGACCGACCUGCCCUCAUGAUGGGAGGAGAAAUCGUCGGUUGGAAAUACACCCUCGCGUUAACACCUUACGGGCGGCGAUUCCGCGAAUAUAGGCGCUUCAUUGCGAAGCUGAUCGGUGGGCCAGCCCAGAUGCAGACCCAUCUGCCGUUGGAAGAAUAUGAGACUAAACGCUUCCUGAAGAGAAUACUCGACGACCCGGGGCGCGUUGCUGAGCAUAUCCGGAAGACGGCUGGCUGCAUCAUCCUCAAAUUGUCACAUGGAUACGAAGUUCAAGAGGGCCGCGAUCCCCUGGUCGAGCUCGUCGAUGUGGCGACGGAACAGUUCUCGGAGGCGUCAUCUCCUGGAGCGUUCCUUGUGGACGUGUUCCCUCUGUUGCGCUACGUGCCUGCUUGGAUGCCCGGCGCUGGAUUUCAGAAGAAGGCGCAGGAGUGGAAGGGGACUCUUGAUCGGAUGGUGGACGAGCCGCACGAGUUUGUGAAGAAGAGAAUGGAAGAGAACACGAAUAUUCCCAGCUAUACCUCCGAACUCUUGCAGACUGAGACGCUGGAAGGAGACAAAGAGUUCAACAUCAAGUGGUCUGCUGCAUCUCUGUACUCUGGUGGAGCUGAUACCACAGUAUCGGCAGUUUACACAUUCUUCCUUGCCAUGACCUUGUAUCCCCACAUCGCGAAACGUGCGCAGGCGGAGAUUGACUCGGUCAUUGGUGGCGACCGUCUUCCCACCUUCGAGGAUCGGCCGAAUCUGCCUUACGUCGAGGCACUUGUAAAGGAGGUCUUUCGCUGGAAUCCCGUUGUUCCGCUUGGCGUACCACAUAGACUGACUGAGGAUGACACAUACGAAGGGUACUUCAUACCCAAAGGUUCUAUCGUCAUUGCCAAUAUAUGGAAAAUUCUACGCAACCCCAGCCUCUACACCGAUCCCUCCACCUUUGACCCUACACGUUUCAUUCCUGAGAGCGGCCGCAUACCUGCUCCAGACUCUAGAGACUACUGCUUCGGCUUCGGCAGAAGGAUAUGCCCAGGCUUGCAUCUUGCAGAUGCCUCAGUCUUCCUCUCGUGUGCCAUGGUACUUGCGACGUUUGACAUUACCAAAAUCGUCGAGAACGGCCAGGUCGUUGAGCCCAAGGUGGAGUACACAAGCGGAACAAUCAGCCACCCUAAGCCUUUUAAAUGCAUCAUUAAGCCGAGAUCUGCAAAAGCGGAGGCGUUAAUCCUGUCCAUGGACGAGCAACCUUAAAAAUGGAAAGUACUGUCAUCUGUUGUACGACGCCUCCACACGCUGCCACGAACUACCGAUAUGUAUUUAGUCUGUGCAAAUUCUGCGCAUACAUGCGGACUUUGCAUUAAGACUCAAACGGUUGAGGGAUAUCACAUGGUCAUGACAGUCACACUCCCAGCCUUCCACAAUCUGGCCGCUGGCUGGUAUCUUGGUGUCGCUGUCGCUGGCUGGGCAGUCAGGAAGGAUUUUACUCAGCAGAUGUUAACCACAGUUAUCUAACGCGCGACGCGGGGCAAGGCUUCACAAAUCAGUUACGUAGAUGUUGUCGGAAAGGGAAGGCAUUUUGACCAUCAGCCGAAGACGCUCGCCAUGGCCCUCCGGAGGUUCAAUCAAGGCGACUACAUACUCGCGUAGCGCUGGGGUCCUAGACUGUCCUAUAGACAGGCGAGAAGUCGAGUUCAAGCGGCUCUAGACACGCCUCGAUGCGCUUUUGUCCCGUUUCAAGGCACGCUUCUAACUGGACCCAUUACGGC